GCGCUUGUCCCGUGGGAAGAAGAGUUCGGAAGGAAGACAGUAAAGAUGAAAAUGAAGAUUAUAAUUGACUGUGACGGUGGUAUCGAUGAUGCCCAAGCUAUCAUGAUAGCACUAUCUCAAGAGAUUGACGUCUUAGCCAUCACUUGUACCUGUGGCAACGCAAACGUUGAUCAGGUUACCAAAAAUGUGUUUAAGAUCCUCGAGACCUGCGAGCGAACAGGCAUACCAGUGUACAAAGGGGCACACAGAUCCAUACUGGGAAUUGCCUAUGAGCAACCAUUAUACCAUGGUUCUGAUGGCCUUGGAGAUGCCACUGAUAUUAAAGAACCAGAUAUGAGUCUUCUUCAACAAACCCAUGCCACUCAGGCCCUAGUCCAACUUGUAAAUGAGAACCCUGGCGAAAUUGUUAUCGUUGCUCUUGGCCCACUGACCAACAUUGCUUUAGCUUCUAACUUUGAUGCUGAAUUUACAACAAAGGUCAAAGAGGUAUUUGUACUAGGAGGAUGCAUUCAUGGCAAAGGAAAUCACUGGGUUUCAGCAGAAUUCAACUUUGGUGCUGAUCCUGAAGCGGCACACAUACUGCUUAAUCAGUUUAAAUGUCCAAUUUCCCUGGUAUCAUGGGAGACCUGUUUAGAGCACCCUUUGGAUUGGGAGUUUUUCGAGCGCUAUGUGGGAACUGGUACCAAACGAGCAGAAUUCAUGAGAAAAAUUUCAACAAAGAUAAAAGAAUAUGAAGAGGAACUAGAUGGUAAAUUUAUAACUUGCGAUCCAUUUGCACUGUGUGCAGCUUUACUACCAAAGUUUGUUCAGGAAGAAACCUCAGUUCAUGCCACAGUUGAACUCAAGGAGGGAUUGACUCGAGGACAGAUGGUGGUUGAUUGGCGUCGAAUGCUACAAAAACCUGUCAAUGUACGACUAAUUACAAAGAUGGAUUUAGAACUUCUUAAGGAAAUGAUGCUUAACUCUGUUAAAUAAUAGAUGCAAGACCUCUCUGUGGAAA